AUGGCAGAUCGUCAACUCAUCAUUGCCAGAUCCAUCAUCUACGCCAUCUUGGGCACAGACGAGAAUGGCAAGCCAACCACAAAGUCGACCAUCUUUGGUCGCUUCCUCGGCCGCUUCUGGGUCUACUGGUUGACUUUUCAGCUCGUGAGGACCGAUCUCUUCAGAGCACUCCGCGGCUUGUGGGCCAUCAAGGAUAAGGACUACAAGGCAAGUUUUGGCUCGGACUGGAAAGUUGCGUCCAAAAAGAAGGACAUCCUACAGACCUUGGGCGAUAUGGGUUACAGUGGCUCUACCUUCUAUCGCACCUACGAUGGCGCCUACUUGGUCAAGUCGGUUCCGCGAUACUUUGAGCACACCUUUUUCAAAAACGAAAUGAUCAUUCCUUACGCUGAUCACAUGCGAGCCAAUCCGGAGAGUCUGUUAGUUCGCAUCACGGAUUUCCUGGAGUGCUCGCAGCGGAGCUUUGGUUCAUUGUUUGGCAUGGCUCCAAGCCAUCAUAUUGUCAUGGAGAAUGUUCUCUAUGGAGCAGACGAGGGGGAUAAGGAUGGCAAAAAGAGCAAGUGGGAAUCUUGGGAUCUAAAGCCUACAUCUUACUUUUACCCAGAAAGAGAUGUGGCAGGUGGUGUACUCACCUCGGAAGCCACCAAAUCAAGGCUUGCCGACGAGUUUGACGACAAGAUCAAGUUGACCUUGGACCAGGCCGAAGACUUCAAGGCGCAACUACAAAAGGACACAAAACUUCUUGCCGAUUGCAAUGCUGUCGACUACUCGCUGUUCCUGGUGCGGGUCUCAUCAACCACCUCUGAAGAUGUCGAGCAGCCGCAACUGAACGAGAGCUUACCUCCAGAUGAGCCCCCGUUUGCACCUCCUGGUCCACCAACUUGGAGAACGGGCAUAACCUCGUACGAUGGCAAGGAGAUUUAUCGUGCAGCUGUUCUAGACUUCUUCUGGGCAAAGCAUACGCUGCACGCCAAGGCAAUGACAGGGCUGAUCAAGACGUAUAAUCUCAUCGAUUCCCAGGGACCGAUGAGCUUGACGGCAGUCAGCACUGAGUACAGAGAACGAUUCUUGAAGAUGUGCAUGGAAAUGAUUGACGUGGACGGCAGUCCAGACUGGGGAAAGAGCACUGAUCGACCAAGCUAA